AUGCCCCCGCGCAAGAAAGCCAAACUCACUCCUCAAAAUGAGAAUGCCGAGCCGUCCGCAAGCACCACUGACCAGCCAACAACCGCGGAUUACGACCCAGUGACAGAUCCCUGGACGGACGAGCAAGAGACCGCGUUGUUGAAGGGCAUUAUAAAAUGGAAGCCUGUAGGCAUGCACAAGCACUUCCGCAUGAUCGCGAUUUCGGAGUUCAUGAAAAGCCAAGGAUAUGCGCCCGCGCACGCUGAACACACACGGAUACCAGGGAUAUGGAAGAAGCUGGGUACAUUAUACAAUCUUCCGGCCUUGGAUGAACGGGAAGAUUCAUUGAUAACAGACACCGCGGAGGACUCGAAGGAAUUCUACUGCCCGUUCGAACUACCCCAGGACGAAUACGGAGAACUGAUGUUCGAACGGCGACUGGCGAUGGAAGGGACGGCGUCUCCUGAUCCGAGCACGCAUGCGGGAUCGAGGAGGGGGAGCACGGUGGCUGAUACGGACGAACCACGCUCUUCCCCCGCGCCAUCACGAGGACGGAAAUCAGGCCGUGGCGGGCGUACCUCUGGACGAGGCACGCGUUCGUCGCGUCUUCAAGUCGAAGUUGAACCGCCGGCGAAGGGUUCCGGAGCUGCGGAGGAAGAAGGGGAUUCUGGCGAGGAGACAGGCGCGAAUGAAGAUGGCGAUGAAGAUGGUUCGGACGCUGCGAAGGAUGAUAGCGAGGUCGAUGAGGAAGCGGAGGGAGGAUCGCCUACGACGCGAAGUACGCGCGCCCAGACAUCGAGGACGAAGCAGAAGGGGAGAAGUGCAGCAGGCACAGGAACUCGGAGGGGUCGACGGCGUCAGCCUUGA